ACACAUUUCGACCUCACCAUAUCCGCAAACAUGGGCGUCGCCUUCGAUUACUACCCGGACCGACCGGAGAACAUUGACGCGAUCUUGAACGGCCUCGACCGCUACAACCCAGAGACGACCGGCGUUUUCCAGGACUACGUUGCUUCACAAUGCGAAAAUCAGCUCUACGAUAGCUACGCGAAUCUGGCGCUUCUAAAACUGUACCAAUUCAACCCGCACCUCGCCCGCGACGAGACCAUCACCAACAUCCUCGUCAAGGCCCUCACCGUUUUCCCCUCACCAGAUUACAGCCUAUGUCUGUCUCUUCUCCCAGCUCACGUUCUGCAAAAGACGGCAACAUCAGGACCCCCGGCUUCAGGAUCCCUCGCCGAAAUCGUUCAACAUCUCGGCGUCCUACACAGCCAACUGAACAACGCACAAUACUCGCAAUUCUGGGAGACACUAUCCGAUGAUGACACCUACGCGGACCUGACCGCAGAUGUCGCCGGGUUUGAAGACACCAUGCGCGUUAGAAUCGCCGUUGUUGUCUCACAAUGCAUGCAAGAAGUUGGCCGCGACGUGUUGGAGUCAUGGCUGAACAUUUCUGGCGGCAAGUUCGAGGGCUUCAUCAAGGAGGUCUGUGGCUGGACUAUUGAGGGCAACACUGUGAAGGUGCCUCUGAACAAGGAGAACGAGGCACGCAGUGUGGUGCAGAGGGAGACCGUCAAAUUUGACCAGUUCUCAAGGAUGAUCAAGAGGGCAUAUGAGCAGCCAGCAUAGAUGAGAGUGGAGACUGGGCUUGAUACCCCUACUAUGACAUGGGCAGCGCGGCGUUCAGGUUGGGAUGACUAAAAGCGGACCGUGAUCAGGUCUGGCAUGAUUUGAUGGCAUGAAGAUGAUGGCGAUGAGGCCUGAAGUACGACAUACGGCUAGAAAAGCUAGUAGGCUGGUGUGCCGCACCUUAUGCUGCCGCCCAAAGCCUCUUGGGCACAUGGCAAUCAGGAACGAGUUGUAGGCGACUGGACCGCACUCAACAGACCCUCCGAGACAUACUUAGAAUUGCUCGCAGGACAAGUUCAGCGUUGCUCAAUCAAUCGGUCCGAGGCACAUCAUAAGUCCUAUUGCCAUAUUCUGCAUAGCAAUGCUCAAAGCGUUGCAGUAUUCAGCAUACUUCAGCUCGCAUCAGUCAUUCCAAUCGGCUUGAGGCGGUGUCAAGAGCCUUGAUAGUGGGGUCUUACCCUCGAUCGAGAAAUCUUGCUGCAGAAGGCGAAGAUAGUGCGAGCUACCCACUAACAGCAUCGUAGACGACGGCGAUUGGCGCCUUGUCAA